CGGGUUUUUUUUCUCCCAAGUCCACGAAGAAUAAAAGACAAACCGGACAACGAACUCACGCGACCGACCACCAGGUGCAGAAAGCGUUAGACCGGGACUCUCGACUCGUGUUCAAUUCACCUGCUGAAUCCGACAGACUGUUGGCAGAUACAAAAAAAAGAAUCCUUUGACUGAAGACUUCUAAAUCAAAGUACUUAACUGUACAAUGAUCGAUCUUUGGAAAAAAAAAUUUUGAACAUGAAGAGGAAAUCAAGAAUGAGGAAUAAUUUAAUUCAUUGGAAUUUUUUUUACUUACCGAAACACAAACAUGAGAGAAGAAAAGCAGAAAUAUGUGUAAAUUCUUUUUCAAAACUGAAAUUUCGAGAAGGAAUACUAUCGUCCGAUCAGAAAUGUUUUUUAAGUGAUAAAAAAAAAACAAACUCGUCUUGUAUAAUCAAGGAGAUAAAUAUUGUCUUUUACGCGAGUAUCAGCAACCGGCACCGUGAAGAAUCUGGUCGUGCCUUCUUAUUCUAAACAUUUUAUUGGUCGAUACAUUGAGGCGUAAACAUAAUUUGCAUAAUUUAAAUCGUGACGUAGUCAUACUAAGGUUUAUAAAACGUCGAUGAUUUUGAUAUUUUCAUACAUUCAAAGAAAAAGGGCGAUUCAUUCAUCAUGAAAGAAGAUUUUAAGUAUUUGACUGGAUUUGAUUGCGAAUUCAGUAGCGAGGAUGAAAGAUGUCCUGGAGCACUUCCAAUUGGUCAAAAUAAUCCUCAAAAGUGUCCUUAUAAUCUUUAUGCUGAACAAUUGUCAGGCAGUGCAUUUACCGUUCCAAGAUGUGAGAAUAAAAGAUCAUGGUUUUAUCGAAUAAGACCUUCAGUUGUGCACGAUGUCUUUGAACCAAUUCAAAAAUUUCAAGAUCAAGUCACUCACGAAUGGGAUAAAUUUCCCCCGACACCUAAUCAGAUUCGUUGGAUGCCCUUCGAUGUGCCAACUCGUCAGGAACCGGAAGUGGAUUUUGUUGAGGGUUUAUAUACACUUUGCGGAGCUGGCGAUUCUCGCACGCGAACCGGAGUUGCUGUUCACAUUUACCUUUGCAAUUCUUCCAUGCGAGAUAAAGCCUUUUACAAUUCUGAUGGAGACUUCCUUAUUGUACCGCAAUUGGGAGUCUUACAAAUUACGACCGAAUUCGGAAGAAUGAGAUGUGAACCAAAUGAGAUUUGUGUUAUUCAACGGGGAAUGCGUUUCUCUGUAACUGUUUUUGGUCCAUCCAGAGGAUAUAUUCUUGAGGUGUUUGACAAUCAUUUUCAACUUCCAAAUUUGGGACCAAUUGGUGCAAAUGGUCUUGCAAGUCCACGAGAUUUUGAAACCCCAUCUGCCUGGUACGAGGAACGAGAUGUGGAUUAUAAAAUUAUUUGUAAAUAUCAUGGAAAAAUGUUUGUGGCUAAUCAACAUCACAGUCCUUUUGAUGUUGUCGCUUGGCAUGGAAAUUACGUACCCUACAAAUAUAAUCUUGAUCGCUUUAUGGUUAUUAAUUCAGUUUCCUUCGAUCACUGCGAUCCAUCAAUAUUUACAGUUCUCACUUGUCCAUCGACGAAACCGGGGACUGCAAUUGCUGAUUUUGUGAUUUUUCCUCCUCGUUGGUCCGUUCAGGAACACACUUUUCGUCCACCUUAUUAUCAUCGAAAUUGCAUGAGUGAAUUUAUGGGUUUAAUUAAGGGACGUUAUGAGGCCAAGGAAGAAGGAUUUCAACCUGGCGGUGGUUCUUUACAUUCAAUUAUGACACCACAUGGUCCUGAUACAAUUUGUUUUGAAAGUGCAUCAAAUUCAAAACUUGUGCCCGAACAUAUUGCCGAGGAAACUCAGGCAUUUAUGUUUGAAACUUAUUACAGUAUGACAAUAACCGAAUGGGGUGGGAAAAAUUGUAAAAAAAUUGAUUCCAAUUAUAAUAAGUGUUGGCAAGGAUUGAAAAAACAUUUUAAUUCAACUCAAAAAUCUUGAAUUAUUUAAAUAAUAAACAAGCUAUUGUUUUUUUUUUUUGGGCAAAAAAAAAUUAAAUAAAAAUAUUAAAAAUACAA